AUGGAUAGCAUGAUCCCGUUCUGGGGCACCUCCAAGAAGGUCCUGCUUCUCGGCUCUGGCUUCGUCGCGAGGCCGACGGUAGAUAUCUUGAGCAAGGAAGGCAUAUCCGUCACAGUCGCGUGCAGAACCUUGGAGUCCGCCGAGAAGCUGGCAGCGGGCUUGAGCCGCACGAGCGCCAUCUCCCUCGACGUCAACGACGAAGCUGUUCUGGAGCAUGAGGUCGGAAAGCAUGGGCUCGUCAUCAGCUUAAUCCCGUACAUCCACCACGUCAAGGUCAUCAAAGCCGCGAUCAAGCAGAAGAAGCACGUCGUGACCACCAGCUAUGUCUCCCCCGCGAUGAUGGAACUUGAUGAGGAGGCGAAGGAGGCGGGAAUCACGGUCAUGAAUGAGAUUGGCCUCGACCCCGGCCUCGACCACCUAUACGCAGUUAAAAUGAUUGAUGAGGUUCACAAGAAGUUUGGACGGAUCACGAGCUUCCUUUCCUACUGCGGUGGGCUGCCAGCGCCAGAGUGCUCAGACAACCCGCUGGGAUACAAGUUCUCGUGGAGCUCCCGGGGUGUCCUCCUUGCGCUCCGCAACUCGGCCAAGUACUACAAGGACGGCAAGAUCGUGGAAGUCGAAUCCGAGGACUUGAUGGCAGAGGCGAAACCAUACCACCUGAUGCCUGCAUUCAACUUGGUCGGCUAUCCCAAUCGCGAUUGUACGUCGUAUCGCUACCGAUACAAUAUGCCGGACGCUACGGACCUGGUAAGGGGCACCCUGCGAUACGGCGGCUUCCCUCAGUUCGUUAAGGUGCUUGUCGACAUGGGGUUUCUCUCCGAAGAGGAACAAGACUUUCUCCAGCCAUCCGACCACCCGACGCUCUGGAAAGAGGCAACCGCCAAAAUCCUUGGUGAAGGAUCCAACGCUGAACACGAUCUCAUCUCGGCUAUCAAGUCCAAGACCAGCUUCGCGGACGAGGAGGAGGAGCAGCGCAUCAUCGCGGGUCUGCGCUGGAUCGGCCUUUUUAGCGACGAGUUCGUGGACAAGAAGGGCACGCCGCUCGACUGCCUCUGCGCGGUGCUUGAGAAGAAGUGCCAAUACGAGGAGGGUGAGAGGGACGCGGUCUAUCUACAGCACAAGUUCGGCAUCGAGUGGUCGGAUGGGAAGAAGGAGGUUCGGACAUCGACACUCAUCGAGUACGGAGAUCCGAAGGGGUACUCAGCGAUGGCCAAACUUGUCGGCGUCCCUUGCGCUGUUGCGGUACUCAAAGUUCUAGAUGGCACCAUCUCUGAGCACGGCAUUCUGGCACCCAUGAAGCCGGAGAUCAACGACCCGCUCAUAAAAGAGCUGAAAGAGAAGUACGGCAUCUUCCUCAAGGACAAGACUGUCGCAUAG